AUGAUCAAGUAUGGGAGGAAAUGGACACCCAGGAUAGUGGUCUACCAGCAGAAAUGUGAAGAGGUGCUGAAGAGGAUUGAGGACGAGUCUGGGGUAAAGCCAGGAGAUCCUGGUAUGUUCAAACAUUAUCAGGCGGCGGUGAAGAGAGUCAUGGCUGAAUUGGACGACAACGAGUUGGAGAAGGUGAAAGAAACAGCAGAGGAGUGGUCCAACAACUGUCCACCUCCAGAGAUACAAGCACAAGUCGCUCGUAAGAAGGGUCCGGCAUAUAUGGAGCACUUUUCGAACGAGAUGUGGAGGCAAUGUGGGAUGAGAGUUUUUGUGAUGUUGGCUUGGAAGAAUGAAAAGGGAGAGGUGCUGUUCGGGAUGCAUGAUGAUAACGAGGCCUUAGGAAAUGGGGACAGCUUCAUGAAGACGAAGGACUGGGAGGACAUUGAGCCAGUGUGGCAGGAGUAUGCGCAGGAACAGUUCGGCUCCGUGGCACAGGAUGGAGGACGUCAGGUCAAGGGAGGUCGAAAAAGAAUUCGAAAACCAGCUUUCGAACUCGAAAUGGACGGGGAGGGUAUGCCACUCCUUCCGGACAUCACGGACACGAAACUUGAGGAGAAGAAGGCCAUAGUGAGGGCCUUUCUUACAUCGCACUAUCGGAUAUGUUCCGGGAAGGACAAGGCGGUUGUGCCAUGGAGUGCCAUUGUACAAAGUCAGGAUGACUUCGUGGCCCGGACGUAUCUUCCGGCGGAUGUUGACUUGAAGGAGCCUUCGAAGCUGCAAAAUUGGGACACGACUGCCUUGCUCCAUUUCUGGCGUGCUCGGCAGGAAACAGGCGAAGGUCCCACAUUUCUGUUCAAAGCAUGGAAGAACAAUGAUGGGGACAUGGUACCAUCUGUCAUAUCUGGCAAGUCGCCCUCUCCUCAGACUCGUAUAGUGAGAAAGCAGCAGAGGGUUACCAUCCGAAGGCCUCGGGAUUCGUCGACAGAAGCCGAGAGUGAUAAGGAGAGUGCCACUAAUCAUACCGAGGAUGAUGUGGAUGAUGACUUGGCUGACGGGAGACAUCCGCUGAAGAAACCCAGGACAGGAGGUCCUACACCCAAAGGGAUGGCAGUCCCACGUGCAAUUCCAAAGCCUUGCCCGGCCAAGCCAGCCAAAAAAGGUGCAUUACUGACAUCGCGAAUGGGCGACCUCCUUGCUGGGUUAACUGAAGACGCAACCAGCGAGGUUAGAGAUGAUGUUGAAAUGGAAGACAGUAUCAUGCCGCCGGCACAGAAAAGGAGGCGGGGCAAGAGAGUCACAGUUGAACCAUCCACGAGGACGACCCGGAGUAAGUUGCAAAUGCCAGUAGACAGACACCUAGAGUAA